AUGGCAAAACGUUCAGCUGCGGAGGCUUUUGAAAUGGAAGCUCAAGAAGUUAUGAAGAAAACUGAAGGAAAAAAGCACUCAUUAGAUUCGGACGAAGAAGACAGCGGUGCCGAAGAGGAAAGAAACAAUGUUCUUCAUGCAGAUGACAUUGAAGGUGAAGAAGACGGAACUGGUGGGAUGGAAGGUGAAAUUACAAUCACUCCGUUCAACAUGAAAGAGGAGCUUGAAGAAGGUCACUUUGAUAACCAGGGUCACUAUCACUGGAAAAAAGAGAAAGAGAUCAGAGAUGGUUGGCUUGACAAUAUAGACUGGGUUAAAGUCAAGGGUAGGCCAGAAGAUAAGUACAAAGUUCACAAAGAUGAUGAAAAUAAAGGACUUGGUGAUGAGUCUAGUAGUGAAGAUGAAGAACCAGAAGAAAAGUUUGAUUUACUGCAAAACUACAAAGAAAUCUUUAAACAUAUGAAACCCAAAGAAACAAUUGCAAAAACCCUCCAGCGUCUUGGUGCAAGUUCAAAAAUUUCUAGUGCUGAGCGUUGGAAAAGGAAAAAAGCUGGUAUUGUUGAUGAAAACAGUGAAAUUGUUACAAGAAUUACAGAACUUGCCAAUCAAAUUCUCACAAAAUUGGGUAACAUGGACAUUUACCAGGAAACUUAUGAGAAAAUUGAUACAAUCAUAAAGAGACAGGAGAGUAAAAAUGAUGAUGCCGAUUUAGAUAUGUAUGCUGAUGAUUUUGAUCAGAAGGAGAAGAGUGUGUUGGAUAAAAAUAGCACUGAUACUAAAGAAACUGAAGAUAAAGCUGAGGAGGAACAAGAGCCAGAAUUGAAAUGGGAGUUUAAGUGGAAUCAGAAUGAUGAUGAAAUAUCCGGGCCUCACACUACUGAGCAAAUGCAAAAAUGGUCAUCAGAGGGGUACUUCAAAACUGGUGUUUGGGUAAGAAAACAAGGGGAAGACAGUCAAUUCUACACAUCCAACAGAAUAGAUUUUGAGUUAUACAUGUAA